GUUUUCCAUAAGGACUUGAAUGAUCAAGUAUAUUGAGUUGGGAACAAGAUAUCAUCAAUAGUGGUAAAUUUAAAUCAUUAUUAUUUUGAUAGUACAGAGGAAGAACCGUCCUAGUACGCAAGUUAUUCCAUCCUCAUCUGCACAUAAACUUGCCAGAACAAAGGUUUCAAGAAUCCAUGUAUCAUAACAGCAGAGAAAACCCGGUAAGCAAACAACCAAGCCCUCUGUCAAAACCAACGUACUAUCAACCGCCUGCUAAACAGCCCUCAACUCCCCAUCAUGGACAUACUCUACACAUCCACCCCCUCCCCCAUCAUCGUGACAACUCAGACGAGCUCCUCGGCCGCGCCUCAGCGGCUAGAGGAAGCGGCGACAUCAACGGCGUCCGAAGCAUCUCCUUCGGCGUCAUCUUGUCCGGGCUGCCAAGGAAGUACUGCCGCGGUGGGGAUGAUGGUGAUGUCGAGUGUGAGAGCUGGGUUGUGAGGUUGGAGCUCCGGAUCGGGAGGGGGACGCUUGGUGAAAGCGUUGGGGAUAGAGCUAGGGGCAUUGUUUGUAUGCUUGUUUGGUUGUUUGGGUGGUUGUUGGCUUGGUUCUUAAGGGUGAAGUUGUAUCGGAAGUGUGGUUAUAAAAACAGAUGUAAUGGAUGGUUUAGUCUUGUGAAUGUUUUGAUGGAUUGAUGUACUUUUCGUGGAGGAACGAUAUAGAAGUUUUAUUCUUGAGAGCCUGAUUGAUUGUAUUGAUAGAAUUGGUGAAGUUUCGAAGAAAGUUCAACACAGGUGCUUGAGGCUAGUGAUAUGGGUGUCUGAUAGUGAGUAACAAUCUCAAUGGUGAUACUUCAAUUCCA